AUGGCCGUGCCUCAGCCGGGGGCGACCCGAGCCUCAGUUGCCGCCGCUGCCCCCGCAGGCCGGGUAAAGCUGACCCACCCGGGGAAGGCCAUCCUGGCAGAAACGCAGCUGCAGCUGGAUGAGAGGGCCAACCCUCCUCGGUACCGAGGCAUCGGUCAUUGUGUGAGGCUGACUGUGCAGGACCAUGGCUUCCGAGGGCUGUACCGGGGCCUCAGCUCUCUGCUGUAUGGGUCCAUUCCAAAAUCUGCCGUCAGGUUCGGAGUCUUCGAGUUCCUCAGCAGUUACGCCAAGGACUCAAAUGGGAAACUGGACAGCAAGAAGAGUUUAUUCUGCGGCCUUGGAGCAGGUGUGGCCGAGGCCGUGGUGGUUGUCUGUCCCAUGGAGACUAUCAAGGUGAAGUUCAUCCACGAUCAAGGCUCUCCCAAUCCCAAGUACCGGGGUUUUUUCCACGGGGUCCGUGACAUUGUGCAGGAACAAGGUCUGCGUGGGACCUAUCAGGGACUCACAGCCACCGUCCUCAAACAAGGCUCCAACCAGGCCAUCCGGUUCUUUGUGAUGACCUCUUUCCGUAACUGGUAUCUAGGGGACAAUCCCCACAGGGAGAUGAAUCCCUUUGUCACAGCUGUGUUCGGGGCAACCGCAGGUGCCGCCAGUGUCUUCGGCAACACUCCCCUGGAUGUCAUCAAAACCAGGAUGCAGGGACUGGAAGCCCACAAGUACAAGAGCACGCUGGAUUGUGCCUACCAGAUCCUUAAAAACGAGGGCCCCACAGCAUUCUACAAAGGGACCGUUCCCCGUCUUGGCCGGGUCUGUCUGGACGUGGCCAUUGUGUUUGUGAUUUAUGAAGAAGUGGUAAAACUUCUCAACAAGGUUUGGAAAACCAUUUGAUGCCCUUGGCCUAAAUGGCUCUUAGAAGGCUGUUGUAUUCUCGAAUACUAACAAAUGUAAUUUUGUUUGUGCGGCCACCUGCACCAACGGACUCUUGACUGCUGCGGUGAACUGUUCACGGGAGCAUUUCCAACGAAAAGGCCGAGUGAAGAUCUGGCAAUAUUCUCCCACCACACACCUGCUUCGGGACUUUGGCACUGUAUGCAAGUUCACAGAUGCUUCAAAAGUGCAGUGUGUCUCAUCUCCUGAGGGGGGCGAUGCAGCCAAGCUUUGUUCUGUUAGUAUCAUUUUGGGAGCACUGAAUCCAAUGUGGUUUACGCUCCAGUGGGUGCACGCCUUUUAUUUAACAGGAAACAUGAUUUAAACCCAUUUGCCAGCUGAGUCAGCAGAGGCCGCUGUAUUUAGCACAAACAAGGGCUAACAGAUUUACCCCAAUUAACUUACAUGCUCACAAACUCCUCUUAAACACAGGUGACUGCUACUUCAUCCUUUUAUGGUGAAGGGCCAGCAUACACCAUUUGAUAGUACUCAGAGUGGCGCAGCCUUUUGAUCCAUGGCGGUCUGGGAGGGCUAAGUGGCAAAUGGGGGUGGGGCUGCCAAGCUGGGGCUUCUUUAGCACAACACUAUUCUUAAGCAUGGACAAUCCAUGUCACUCCUCCCGAACCGUUCGCAGAGGGGAGGACAUGCAUCCUCUGCCCCUCCCUUUGAAAUCCUCCAUGCUAAACCCUUGCAAGAUUAGGCAGGAGUGUAAAAUGGCUUGCGAGAGGGAGUGUUUCUGGCUCAAGGACCUGACCUGCAGCAUCCUUAAUAGCUUUUUUAUCAGUGAGCUAGACCCAACGUCUGGCUCCGAGUCCCCCCACAACCAUCUUAAGAAAGAAGUCAUCGAGAGACGUUUUUUGCUGUCAUGCUCUUUGUCCAUAGCAUGUAAAGAAGCUCAUCUGUGCUGCUGUAAUUCCUUGCCACUCCAUAACCUUGUCCUGUGCUGCCCUUUGCUACCGGCUUCCGGCAUCUUGGGCCUUUGCCUGCCUGCGUUCCGCUUGUUCAAACCAGUUUCAAACUCGUUCUUGUUGUUGCUGUGGCUCCCAACUAAACCUUGGGCUUGAGAGUAGUUUCCAAAUGCCUUUGCCGCAUUACAGUUCUCCGGGUCCUUUGCAGGAACCUGUGGAAAAAGAGCUGCAAACUGGUUGACCUCUGCUCCUCAAAGGCGUAGGAGCAGAAGAGACCUGGAGCAGUGUUGUCCGUGGGAACUCAAGCAGUGGUGCUUGUUGCUAAGGUCAAAUUCAACCCCUCCAUUUAGUUUACAAUCAGCAUUUUUAACAUUCAGUAUUCAGCCUUCUCCUUCACUGGUCUUGGGAUCGUCCCUUUCCAACAGAGACACGCUUCGCUGCAUCCUUGUCCCGGGAAAUACAUUGUUUGUGCCUUUCUAACAUCGGCCUUUGAACUUUGCCUCUGAUUUGCUGCUCUUUAAUUUUUGGAACACUGUUAUGGUGUACAGGUUCGUACAUUUCUCUUUCAGGAUAAACAAAGU